CAUAAGCACCAAAACCAAGAGUUUCACUUGGGAUUAAGAACCACACACACCUGUCCCCUGGAGCCGUUCUGCGUAAGGGUGUGUACUGAGUAUUCACGGAUGCCAUGGGUGUGACGCUGACCAGGUCAGUCCAGUGGACUGCUUCUGGGCACGGAACCAGGACCCUGGAAGCAACCCCUCUACAUGAUGGGAUAUUAGAAGAAAUCAUUCUGUUUGUGGAUAGCUUUCUCUAUGAGCAUCCCCGGGAGGCAAAGUUUGUCUUUGAAGAACCACUUCGAUGGAAAACAAGUUUGGAGCCCUCGGCAUUUGGAGCAGGUUAUGUUAUCAGCGAGAAAGCAGUCCAAUCAGAAGAAGUUGACGAGAACGGGGAGCCUUUGCUCUUUCUCUCGGGACCUCACAUGAAGAUCCGGAGCUUCGGGCAGCUGUCACGCCUGCUGCGUAUUGCCAAAGACACAAGGCUGAAGGAAACAAGAGCGUGUCUUGAAGCUAACAGAGACCCCGUAGUAAAAAUUCUGGGCUUGGAUUAUAAUACAACCAAAGGAGAAGAUUCUUCUGCAUUAAGUAUUCUUGGUAAAAGGAGCAAAGAUAAUGAUUCUGAACCCGAGUGCCCGAUGACCAUCGCUAGGCUGCUCCGGCAGUUAGAUGUGCACCUACUCAGUCAUUCUCUACGACACGUUUCGUUAGAAACGCCCUUAAAUCCAUCAGCCAUUAAGAGUGAUAUAGAGCUACUCAGACGUCACGCAGGGAACGGAGAACACACAGUCUUGGAAAGUAUUGACUAUACCUCAGAUUAUGAAUUUUCCAAUGGGUGUCGAGCCCCACCUUGGAGACAGGUUUACGGGGAGAUUUGUUAUGUGCUGGUGAAACCACAUGAUGUUGCAACUCUGUGCAUCACUUGCAGCGCAGAAGGAGUAUUUUUAAAUGGCGGCAAGACAGAUGAUGAGAGGGAAAUUAAUUAUGAGCGAAAAAGUAAAAUUUAUAAAGACCUUGUUACAUUAUUAAGAGAAAAAUCUCCAAAGUUUUCCGAAAAUAUGGCUACACAGGAGAAUAAAAGCAAUGAAGAGCAACAGAAAGACAAGUUUCAGCCUGACGGGGCACCGAACAAGGAACAAGGAGCGGCGAGAGCUGCCCCAGAAAAGAGCACGCUGGAGAAGAGCCAAAUCAACUUUUCGAGGAGCGCAGCCAAGAGAUUACAGCCAAGCUUAAACUGGAGGAAGGCUCCCGACUCCAAAGACCGCAGAAGUUCAGUCAAGGACACCCUGGAGGAAAAACAUGUAUCGAAAUUGGAUAAGCCAAGACCAUCUCUUAGUACUGUAAAAGCACAUCGCAAGUCUGCUGAUAAGAUUGAGGAAAUUAUGAGUGAGAGUUCCUCAGAGAGUGAGGAAGACGAAGAGCCACCUGAUCAUCGCCAGGAAGCAAAUGCUGAUCUGCCAUCAGAAUAUUGGCAGAUUCAGAAGCUGGUGAAGUAUUUAAAGGGAGGAAAUCAGACCGCUACCGUGAUUGCUCUGUGCUCCAUGAGGGACUUCAGUCUAGCCCAGGAGACCUGCCAGCUGGCGAUCCGGGACGUCGGAGGCCUGGAGGUUCUGAUCAAUUUACUGGAUACCGACGAAGUCAAAUGCAAGAUUGGUUCAUUAAAAAUCCUGAAGGAAAUCAGUCAUAAUCCUCAAAUCAGACGUAACAUUGUUGACCUUGGCGGCUUACCAAUUAUGGUUAACAUCCUUGAUUCGUCGAACAAGAAUCUGAAAUGCUUGGCGGCUGAGACCAUUGCUAAUGUUGCCAAGUUCAGACGUGCCCGUCAGGCUGUGAGAAAACAUGGGGGCAUCACCAAGCUGGUUGCUUUGCUGGACUGUGGACAGAUUUCCGUGGAACCUCCUCAGCCCUCGCUCUACGAGACCAGAGACGUAGAGGUGGCCCGUUGCGGUGCGCAGGCGCUGUGGAGCUGCAGUAAGAGUUACUCCAACAAAGAAGCCAUUCGCAAAGCUGGGGGCAUCCCCUUGUUGGCCCGGCUGAUGAAGACGUCGCACGAAGACAUGUUGAUUCCAGUGGUGGGGACCUUGCAAGAAUGUGCCUCCGAGGAAAACUACCGAGCUGCCAUCCGAGCAGAGCGGAUCAUUGAGAACCUGGUGAAGAACCUGAACAGCGAGAACGAGCAGCUCCAGGAGCACUGUGCCAUGGCCAUCUACCAGUGUGCCGAAGAUGAGGAGACCCGGGACCUGGUGAGGCUGCACGGAGGACUGAAGCCCCUGGCCAGCCUGCUCACUAAAACAGACAAUAAGAUGCGGUUAGCAGCCGUCACGGGGGCGAUAUGGAAAUGCUCCAUCAGCAAGGAGAACGUGACCAAGUUUCGUGAAUACAAGGCCAUUGAAACCUUGGUGGGACUUUUAACCGAUCAGCCUGAAGAGGUCCUGGUGAACGUGGUUGGCGCCUUGGGAGAGUGCUGCCAGGAACACGAAAACCGCGUCUUAGUGCGGAAAUGUGGCGGCAUCCAGCCACUGGUGAACCUGCUCGUGGGAAUCAACCAAGCCCUUCUCGUGAAUGUCACCAAAGCAGUCGGAGCCUGCGCCGUCGAGCCCGAGAGUAUGAUGAUAAUUGACCGCUUAGAUGGGGUCCGACUGCUGUGGUCUUUGCUGAAAAACCCCCACCCCGACGUGAAGGCCAGUGCAGCGUGGGCCCUCUGCCCCUGCAUCGAAAAUGCUAAGGAUGCUGGAGAAAUGGUCCGUUCCUUCGUUGGUGGUUUGGAACUUGUUGUCAAUUUACUGAAAUCCGAAAACAAAGAAGUAUUGGCGAGUGUUUGUGCUGCUAUUACCAAUAUUGCCAAAGAUCAAGAAAAUUUAGCUGUUAUUACAGAUCAUGGAGUUGUCCCUUUGUUGUCUAAACUAGCAAAUACGAAUAACGAUAAGCUGAGGCGUCACCUGGCAGAAGCUAUCUCACGUUGCUGCAUGUGGGGCAGGAACAGAGUGGCCUUUGGCGAGCACAAAGCGGUGGCUCCACUCGUGCGGUACCUGAAGUCAGAGGACACCAGCGUGCACCGAGCCACGGCCCAGGCCCUGUACCAGCUUUCCGAGGACGCCGAUAACUGCAUCACCAUGCACGAGAACGGCGCUGUCAAGGAGGGCACUGAGUGGUUUUUCUUUUUUGCAGAGAAGAGGCGGUAG